AGCUCCGCGACUGGCAUUCUCCCUUCCAAAUGGCUCCGCGCCGCGGUGCGGACAUAGAGCCCGAGGAGCCACAACUCGGCGGGUUGGUCUUCAACGAACCUCUAUCAUGGCGCGCAGGCAAGCCCAUUCCCACGGGCGAACUGCUGCGGCGACUCGACACUCUAGCCACCGAGCUUCGUGAGAUGGACCAAGAAGAAACGGACAAGGACUCAUUGACCAACGUCGCGAAGGAACUUGCGGGGCAGAACCUCCUGGGUCACAAGGACAAAGGCGUUCGCGCAUUUACAGCUUGUUGCUUGGUGGAUGUGUUGAAGAUUUGUGCCCCAGAUGCGCCGUUUACUCCAACACAGCUCAAGGACAUCUUUACUCUCUUCAUUACCUCGACAUUACCUGCUCUCUCUGACCCCUCACACGCCUACAAUACACAGCAUAAAUACGUCUUGGUAUCUCUUGCCGAAGUCAAGAGCAUAGUUCUCCUCUGCGAUAUUCCCAAUUCAGAUCCAUUGAUCAUUCAUCUAUUUACCAAUUUCUUCGAUACUAUCUCUGGCUCAUCCAAGUCCUCGACAGGCGAAGAGAUUUCCCGAGAUGUGCAAUACAACAUGACGCAAAUUCUUGUUACAUUAGUCGAUGAAGCCCAGAGUUUGCCCGCAGAAGCCGUGGACGUCAUUGUUGCCCAAUUUCUACGCGCAAGCACCCCAGGAGGUGGCAAGAAGGGAGAAGCGCCGGACGAGAAGCAGUCGACUCUCUUAUUAAAAGAACUCCCAGAAGCAUACAACAUGGCCAAAACAAUCUGCAACGCCUGCCCGGAGAAGAUGGCUCGGUAUAUCAGUCAGUACUUCAACGAUGUGAUAAUGGAUGUUUCUGGCGACGCAACAAAGACGAACGGCCACCGGAGGAAGAGCGAUGUGGCCCCUGACUCCGACGAUGAAGAUGUUCCAUCUGGUCCUACGGAAUCAGAUAUGAUUGAGCUCCGGAAGGCUCACAAGUUAUUGCGGGAAUUGUGGAGAGCUUCAGCCCCUGUGUUACAGAAUGUCAUACCUCAAUUGGAGGCGGAACUGUCUGCGGAGAAUAUUCAGCUUCGGCUUCUAGCUACCGAGACGUUGGGGGAUAUCAUUUCUGGUAUUGGAGCUGCUGGGCCACCCCCUCCUCCGAUUAUGGACCCUGCCGCAUACCCACCUGCCAAGCUCGAUGACAGUUCCCCACCCCCCGCCAACGAAAAUAUCCUUACGACUCCGAGCUCUCCUCAGUCAUUCGCACAAACCCACCCCGGCGUUUACCAGAGCUUUAUGGGAAGAAAGAAUGACAAAUCAUCAGUCAUUCGAGCAGGAUGGACAACCGCCAUCGGUCGAAUUCUGGUUACUUCGGGAGGUGGAAUUGGGCUGAGUUCUCACGAGGAGAGUGCUCUGGUUAAGGGACUUGGAGAGAAAUUGAGCGACGCUGAUGAGAAAGUCAGACUUGCUGCUGUCAAGGCCGUUGGAGAAUUCAGCUUUCGAGAUGUCAUUGCCAAGCUUGCUCCGAACGGAAGCGUGAGCAAGUCUGGAUCGGUGCUGUGCACUUUGGCAGACCGAGCUCGAGACCGCAAACACGCAGUAAGAAUCGAAGGCAUGACCACGCUGGGCAGAAUUUGGGGCGUUGCUGCGGGUGAAAUUGCUGCAGGUAAUGAGGCAGUCAAUGAUGCUCUCGGUGGCAUUCCAACCAAGAUUUUCGAUGCAUUCUAUGCCAAUGAUAAAGACCUCAAUGUUCUUCUGGAUCAUGUCAUGUUUGAGCAGCUCAUUCCUCUGGGCUACCCACCUGCGAAAGCAAAGGGAAAGGCCGCAAAUGGAGAUUCUCAAGUCAAUGGCGACGGACCUUUUGAUGCAGACAAGAUCCGCACUGAGCGUAUUCUGCUUGUUGUGAAGUGCCUCGACGCAAAGUCACGAAAGGCUUUCUUUGCAUUGCAAGGUCGGCAACCGACCUUCUCGAAAGUGCUGGAGCAAUUCCUCAAGCGCUGUGAAGAGUUCAAUGGAGGCGUGAUGGAGGAAGACGCUCAGGGUAUCAAGAACAAGCUCGAUACAUGCGUCAAGUGGUUUGCUGAUCUUCUCCCUGACCCUCUACGGAGCAUUCACGAUUUGCACAAGUACGCCAAACUUCAUGACCGACGAAGUUAUCAACUUCUGCGAUUUAUGAUCGCUCCUGCCAGCGACUUCAACACCGUCUACAAGGCCUUCAAGGAGUUUCAGAAGCGAAUUCAGUCAGCAGCUGGUGCUCCAGCUGGCCUUCUCGAUACAUUUAUUCCCAUCAUUUACCGUUCUGCUCACCUCGUCUACAACAGAAGUCAUCAACCCGUCAUCCUGCAAUAUGCUCGGACCGAUGACAAGGAGUUGGGUGCAACUGCGCAUAUGGUGAUGCAGGAAAUUUCAGACAAGCACCCUCUGAUUUUUGAGGCGAGUGUCAAUGAACUCUGCAAAUCUCUUCAGGAGCAAGCGCCAUCCGAAAAGAAGCCGAACCUGCCGGGGAGCGUGGACACCCUCAAGGCGUUGGCCUCGUUUGCCAAAAGCCCCCAAAACAAGAUUCCCAAAGACCGGAAAUUCGUCUCCACACUCCUCGGUUUCGCGAAGUACGGCACCCCACCAAAGGCGGCUAAAUAUGCCGUUUCCAUCUUGAUGGCGUCUACGGACCGAAAGGAGAUGCAUACGAAGGAUCUGCUCGACUAUGCAACACAGAAUUGGGAAUAUGGUGGCGAUCAUUACUUGACAAAGCUCGCAACAAUCUGUCAAUUGACGUUGCUCGAUCCCAAGACGACCGAGGAUUCGAAUGAUGAGAUUCUCGAUAUUACUACCCAGCAAAUUCUCCUGAGGACACGAACACCAAAAUUCGGUGAAGACGAAGCUUGGCAGUCGGAUGAACAGCUAGACGAGGAGUUACAGGCGAAAUGUUGGGCAUUGAAGACUCUGGUUAAUCGUCUGAGAACCACGACUGACCCUGAGACGGCCAAGAAGCUUGCUAUCCCGGUUUACAAGCUCCUGAACGCGUUGAUUGUCAAGAAUGGCGAAUUGUCUAAGCAGGCCGACACUCCAUCUCACCACAAGUCGCGAUUACGUUUUCUGGCAGCCCAGCAAAUGCUGAAGGUGUGCACGAACAAGAUGUUUGAUGAAUUUGUUUCGCCCGUCGAAUUCAACCGUCUUUCUUUUGUUGCGCAAGACGCUACCCCGGAGGUUCGUCGAGGUUUUAUCGAGAAACUGCAGAAGUAUAUUGUCAAGGGCAAGCUUUCAAAUCGCUUCUUGACUAUCAUAUUCUUGACUGCUUUUGAACCGAUGAACGACUUCCGAACUUCGAUCAUGACCUGGAUCCGUUCUCGCGUCAAGGUUUGCCAUGAUGCCAAGAACAAGGUCUUUGAAUCUGUUUUCCCUCGUCUCAUUCAUCUCCUCGCACAUCAUCCAGAUUAUAGCACGAGCCCUGGGGAGCUUCAGGAUCAUGGCAGAUAUCUUCUCUACUAUAUCACAACUGUUGCUUCGGAAGACAAUCUGGCUUUGAUCUACAAGUAUGCAGAACGAGUCAAGCAAGCACGAGAUGCUCUCUCUGGUUCGGACUCAGAAAAUAUAUACGUGUUGAGUGAUCUUGCCCAAGCACUGAUCAAGAAAUGGGAGGAGAAGAAAGGCUGGAGUAUGCAGACAUGGCCUACCAAGGUUGGGAUGCCUGUGGGUUUGUUUUCCGGAUUGCCAAGUCAUGAAGUCGCACAGGAGAUUGCGGAGAAGAAUUAUCUACCGGAAGAGAUGGAUAACCUUCUUGAUGAUCUGGUCAGAAAUGCAGACAAAAAGAUUCGGCCACCGAAAGCACAAAAACAACCAAAACGCAGCCGCGACGACCAGGAUCCCGACGCCCACCCCGCAAAGAAGGUGAAAUCGGAGCCAAAGCCUAAACCCACGAAGAAGGAGAAGCCCGCCAAGGAACCCAAGACGCCGAAAGCAUUGAAAAAGAAGCAACGCAGCAGCGGCGCGGCCCCGAGCUCGACAGAGCGCAGAACCAGCCGCCGUGGUACGAGUGCGCGCAAGAGCUAUGCGGAUAGAGAUGAUUCCGAAGAUGACGAGGAGAUGUGGGACGGUGUUGCGGAGUGGGAAUACCUUUCCGGGGAGGAGGCUGAGCGGGAGCAGAAGCUCGCUGCUUCCGCCAAGAAGGCUCAAGUUCGGGAUUCCGACGAUGAGGAGGAAGCUUCAUCUCCAGAACGUGAAGCCGAGGCCGAAGAACCUGAAGUGGACGUUGAGCCUGGGCUUGAUCCUGAAGCCACGCCUGAACCUGAGGAGGAGGAUGAGGAGGAAGAAGAAGUCGUUACGCCCCCUCGAUCGAACGGUCGACACGCAAAACCCCGAUCCUCGGCUGCGAAAUCAAGCCCAAAGAAAUCUUCGCCUCGAAAAGCGCCGACCCCGAAGGCGAAAGUGGCUCCUUCAAAGGUUCUGAAGACGAAGGGAAAGAGCCCGCUUGUCAAGGCUAAAGGGAAGACGCCGAUUUCUGCCGCGAAGGAGGUUGCGGCGAAGAAAGGGGCCGCUGCAGCGAAGGGGAAGGGGAAGGGCAAGCAGAGUAAGGUGAAGGAUAUCUUUGACAUGGAUGAGUCGGAAUGAUUUGUCUGUAUCAAGUCGGAGGAGGAAUGAAUGAAUGGAUGGAUUUGUUCGAGUAUGAUUUGGAUGAGGGAGCACUGACUUUGCUGCUUGCUUGCUUGGGAUAUGAUGCCACGCGAUACCAUCUUGCAAUGAGUCUCAUGUGUUUGGACAGCGAAAUGCGUGGAUGGAUAGCAUGGGUGUAUGAAUGAAUGGGAGUGAAACGAUCCAUACAUGCAUACAUACCUCUUUAAUGCGUGAUGCGACGAGGGUUCACGAUGUGAUGAGUGCGAGGAGUCGAGUGGAUGAGGAACGAGGGCUGGGAUGCGAUGUGAUGUACUGUACUUAGCUAGCUGCCGAGCGAAACUCUAAAAAAAAAAUGGAUCUCUGCCCAGC